CUUAAAUUCUUUUCUUCAAGAACGUGAGUGGUUCCGUUUGUUUCUUACUGAAUUAUCAUGACAAAUUCAAAAGGAUAUCGUCGAGGAACAAGGGAUUUAUUUUCCCGAAAGUUCCGCAAACAUGGAACAAUUCCAUUAUCGACAUAUAUGAAAGUGUAUAAAGUUGGUGAUAUCGUCGACAUUAAAGGCAAUGGAGCUGUCCAAAAAGGAAUGCCUUAUAAAGUUUAUCACGGAAAAACUGGACGUGUAUUUAAUGUAACUCCUCAUGCUCUUGGUGUCAUUGUCAAUAAGAGAGUACGUGGACGGAUUAUUGCAAAGAGAAUUAAUGUUCGUAUUGAGCACUUAACACAUUCUAAAUGCAGAGAAGAUUUCUUGAAGCGAGUAAAGGAAAAUGAAAGGCUCAGAAAGGAAGCA